AUGGCCGGCGGUUUGGCAUUUGCAUGGCCACGCCGCCUGACGUCGCCGGCUAAUUGCCAUUCCAUACGAUAUAAAUCAGAUAGAUCCGAUGCAAGAGCACCGCUCGAGGCGCGAUCCUACAUUGUUAUCGUCGGGCGUCGUUUUGUUCGUUACAAAGCGUCCGUCACGUUACGCGAGCGUCAUCGGGUGUACGAAAUUGAUUAUACAUAUCGUUUCGAAUAUCUCGUCUCGGGUGACAAUAGGAGUGUCCUUGAAGUGCUUUGGCGUUUAAGCGGUGGCGGGAUCCUCGGGUGCCACCCAAGUGAUAGGAGGCAGCGUUUUGUGAGGCCGGGAGUCGGGCCGCGUGUGCCGUGGCUCUCCCGGUGGUCCACGCGGGGCGGGGUCUCCGCGGCCACUCGGCUGCGCGCGCCCCCGCCGCCCCGCCGCCCCGCCGCCGCCCCGCUCACGCGCCCGCGCCGCUUAUCGCCGCAUCUUCGGCCCAACUUCACUUGCGUCACGCAGAUCGCCCCGUCCGGCCCCGGAUUAGUUAAUGCCCGCCGCCGAGAGUCAUCUGUUGGUACGGGCGCUGGGUGCUUUCCCUCUGGCGCUGUGGUGUACACGGAGAAGGGACCUAUUGAUAUCGAUUCUCUCAAGAAAGGAGAUAAAGUGUUGGCUGCGGCGGAUGAUGGAAAGAUGAUUUAUUCAGAAGUGCUGACGUUCAUCGACCGCGAUCCGAACGCCACGAGGCGGUUCGUCGAGAUCACGGCGGAGAAUGGCGUGAUGGUGACCACCACGCCGUCGCACCUUCUACUGCUAGCGGCUGCCAACGGUUGGCGGGAGUCUUUCGCAGCGAACGUUGUCAACGGCGACGUGCUGCUUACGCGCGGGACGGCGAGCGUCAUGAGGCCCUCCAGGGUUGUGCACGUGAGAGUCGUGACAAGGCGCGGCGUGUUCGCACCACUCACUAGGGCUGGCACCAUCAUAGUCGACGACGCUCUAGCCUCGUGCUACGCGCUCGUCCGCAGUCACGCAUUAGCGCAUGCCGCCAUGGCGCCUUUGAGGUGGGCGGCAGCCCUAACCCAAUCCGAGGAGACGCCGCGCGGAGUGCAUUGGUACGCGAACGCGCUGUACUCCCUGGGGGACUUCGUGCUGCCGUCCUCUUACAAGUACCGC